CGCUACUCCUGCGACGGAAAGCACUCGAGCUCCCCACGAGAUGGCAGCAGCCACGACCGCGGCCGCGCUGAGCAUGAAGCUCCUCGUCGACCGCAAGGCGCAGCGGGUGCUGUUCGCGGAGGCGAGCAAGGAGGUCGUCGACUUCCUCUUCUCCCUCCUCGCGCUGCCCGUCGCCACGGCGGUCAAGCUGGUCGGGAAGGACGCCAUGGUGGGUUGCGUCGGCAACCUGUACGCCAGCGUCGAGAAGCUCGACGGCACCUACGUCCAGGCCGGCGCCGUCAAGGACGCGCUCCUCUCCCCCACCGUGCUCUCGCCGACGGCAAGCUCCAACAGCCCCCUCCUCCGCCUGCCGGCGGCGCCGCCGUCCGGGCAGCCGAAGAGCUACUUCAGGUGCAAGUACGGCUGCAACGGCUACACCUACGUGACGGACGCGAGCGGUGCCCUCUGUCUGGGCUGCAACAGCCAGAUGAAGACGGCACUCCAGUACGUGGCGCCAAGCUCCGGCCAGCAGGCGCAGAGCGCCUCCGCCGGGGAGGCGAAAGGGUUCGUGCAGGGCAUCGUGACGUACACGGUGAUGGACGACCUGAUGGUGACGCCCAUGUCCACCAUCUCCGGCAUCACCCUGCUCAACGCCUUCGUGGCGAGGGACCUCGGAGACCUCCAGGAGAAGACCGUGCAGCUCGGCUACAACGAGGGUUUGGCGAUCCUGAAGGCGUCGCUGGAGUCCAAGACCGUCCUCACCGACGUCUUCCUCCAAAGCAACAAGAAGAAGGCCCCCGCCCGCGGUCGUGCUUGAAGGGCGGCGGCGCUGCUCUCCUGCGAUUGUGGUUGGUCUUUUGUGAUGCUUCAGCUAGCUCUCUGCUCUGGGUUGUAAUCCGUUCCAGCCUUUUGGUUUGUCACUGAAGUCACCUGGGUCUGGUAGCUGCCGUUGGCACGCCUUGCCUUACAACUAGUACUAGUAGUAGCCCGUCAUGGGUCCUUGGCUGCAAUGUGUGCUGCCAUAGAACUGGAGUUCGCUGGUAAUGUAGUAGGCAGUAGUACUGUCUGUGCAGUGCGCCGCGUAGCUGUUUCUUCUGCCUGAUCAUCACUGAA